AUGAAGUCUGUUGUUGCUCUUUCUGCUCUGUCCAUGCUCGCUGGCGCCGAGGCAGCUGAGACCGUUCUUGGAGCUUAUAUCUUCCACCGCCAUGGUGACCGUACUCCAAAGGCCCUUGCUCCCACCAACCUGACUACCCUCGGUUACGAGCAGGUUUACACAUCCGGCCAGUACUACCGCUCACGCUACCUCUCUGGCGACUCCAAGAUCCGCGGUAUCAAUGAGGAUGAGGUCAAGCUGUCUCAGCUCCAGGUCCAAGCACCUGUGGACAAUGUCCUUCAGAACUCAGCCAUGGGUUUCCUCCAGGGACUGUACCCCCCGGUCCAGACUGUCUCAACACUUGCCAACGGCCAGAGCGUGCAGGCGCCAAUGGAUGGCUACCAGCUCAUCCCCGUCAACACCAUCGAGACGGGUUCUGGCUCUGAGGACAGCGGCUGGCUGCAAGAUGCAUCGAGCUGCCAAAACGCAAAGACGAGCUCAAACUCCUACUUUGACAGUGCAGACUACAAGAACCUUGCGUCCAGCACUGGUGACUUCUACGCAUCCCUCAUUCCCUCCAUCAAUGGCGUCAUGGCCGAUGAUCAGGUAACGUUCAAGAACGCCUACGUCGUCUACGACACCAUCCACGUAGCUGAGAUCCACAACAGCUCCAUCCCCAACAACGACGCCUUGACCAACACCACGCUCCACCAAAUCGCUACCCUCGCCAACGCCCACGAAUGGGGUCUUGCCUACAACGUCAGCGACAACAUGCGCGCAGUCGCCGGUAUGCAACUCGCCGGAGAAGUCCUCUCUUACAUGAACAACAUCAUCAGCACCUCUGGCGCCAAGAAAUUCGGCAUCCAAUUCGGCGCCUACGCCACCUUCAUGUCUUUCUUCGGUCUCGCAGACCUGCCCAAGGUGUCUGACGACUUCACCGGCGUCGUCGACUACGCGAGCUCCAUGGUCUUUGAGCUCUUCACCAACGCCAACGUCGACUCUGGAUUCCCCAGCGGAGACGACCUGCAAGUACGAUUCCUGUUCCACAAUGGCACGGCGAGCAAUGCGAGCGAGCCGGCUGUGUACCCUCUCUUUGGCGGCAGCGAUAACGCUGUAUCUUGGUCUACUUUCCAGAAUAAGCUCAAGGAGUUUGCUAUUAGCUCUACCGAGCAGUGGUGUGGCAAGUGUGGUAACACGGCGGGUUCUUGCGCGGCGUUUGUUAACAACGGUGAUGCGAGCGCUUCGCAGCAGAGCGGUGGUAGUGGAAGCGAUAUCUCACCUGCUAUUGGUGGUGUUAUUGGUGCGUUUGUUACGUUGGCAGUUGUGCUGGGUAGCUUGGCCCUGCUUAUGCUUGUAGGUGGGUUCAGGCUGGUUAGCAAGAAGACGCUUCAGAGGGGUGUUGCGGGCGCAAGUGUUGAGCCUAAGGCUUAG